GCUGAAACAGAAGUGAAGGUAAUAAUCAGCCUCUCUGGUUCUCCUCCAGGUUCCUCUCUGGUUCUCACGGUGUUUUACUGCUCCUCUACUGUUUAUCUGCUUCUGCUUCCUCCUCACGGUCUCACCGGUUCUCUGCUUCUACUGGUCACACAGUUAAACUCCAGUAUGGGCUGCUUCUUCUCCAAGAAAUCCAAGAGAAAGUCUCCGGAGAAAGACGAGCGAGCAGCGACAACAGCAGCGUCGGCUGAAGCACCAACGGCCGGCAGCGCGGGUUCCCCUGGCAACAACACGAGCACCGAGGAGCACGAGCCGCCCAAACAGUACAGCUGGGACAAGAGAGAGAAGGUCGACCCUAAAGACUACAUGCUGUCGGGGCUCAAAGACGCCACGGUGGGCCGUCUGCCCGGUAAACUGAACGGCCAGCAGUUCGUCAUCCAGGACUGCGAGAACUGCAACAUCUAUGUGUUCGACCACGCGGCGACCAUCACCAUCGACGACUGCGUCAACUGCCGCGUCUUCCUGGGACCCAUCAAGGGUAGCGUGUUCUUCAGGGACUGUAAAGACAUCAAGUGCGUGGUGGCCUGUCAGCAGUUUCGCACGCGGGACUGUAAAAAGAUGGAGGUGUUCCUGUGCUGCGCCACGCAGCCCAUCAUCGAGUCGUCCACGGGGAUGAAGUUCGGCUGCUUCCAGUACUACUACCCCGAGCUGGCCUUCCACUUCAAGGACGCCGGGCUCAGCAUCUUCAACAACAACUGGAGCAACAUCCACGACUUCACGCCGGUGUCCGGCGAGAACAACUGGAGCCUGCUGCCGGAGGCUACGGCCGUCCUGGACUCUAUACCGAACCCGGACCCGGAGUCUGAAUUCAAGUCGGUUCGAAUCUUCGCCGACCCCGGACGCAGCAUCGUGCCUUUGACGAAGGGCGGGAGGCGUAAAGCCAGCGAGGAGUCCUGCCUCUUCGUGUUCUUCGCCGGAGAAUACACAACAGCAAACGCCCGCAAACUCAUCGACGAGGUGACUGGUAAAGGAUUUGUUCUGAUCCAGACGAAGGAAGUGUCGAUGCGACCUGAAGAUGUGAAGCGAGUGUUUCAGAACAGCGCCGAGGAUCUGGUGGAGUGGAUCACUAAAGGUGCCGUCAUCGCCCUCGAGCUGAACGGAGACGGAGUCGUGGACGCCUGCAAGAACAUCGCUAACGAGGUGUUCAGUGGGACGAAGGUUUUUGUCUCCGAUAACAAAAACACGUCCUCUCGAGAUGUGGACAACUUCUUCAACUUCGCCGACAUGCAGAUGGGACUGUGAACGAUUUAAUACAAACUGCUCGCCACACGUUGAAUCCGAUCUUCUAAACCCCCCCCCCCUCGCCGUCCAGCUCGGGUUGGUUUGAUUAUUUGCCUCAGAUAUUAGAAUAAUAUUGGGUUUGAUAAAAGUCUGCAGACUAAAAUUCACCUCCAAUCCUCUAAAACCAUCGGCUGUAAACCACUUUAACAUCCUUUAGUGUCGGAUCAGCUGUAAACCACUUUAACAUCCUUUAGUGUCGGAGAGUGCUGUGAAUAUUUAUAUUUCUAUGAAUGUAUUUCUGUUGCUUCUCUCGAUUGUGAAUGUACGUUCGCUCUUUGCUGUCAUUUUAAUUUAAAGCUUGUUUUUCUUUACUGUCUGAAAGUGGAGAAACCACGAGCACACGAACGCCUGAGGGAAAAUAUUUUAUAUAAAUAUAUAUGAAUCAUAUUUUGUAUUUCUUACAAGGAUUUAUUUGUGAAUGUGGAUUAGCUUGUUUAAAUGUGUAUAUGUGAGACACGCUGUGUAGACGAUGAUGUUUUCAUCUUUACUGAUAUCUGUUAGGCCAAAGCUGAAAUUUCUGUCUGGUUUUACACCAAACGGUUUAAAAAACAGUCGUAAUAUUGCUGGUUUGUGAUGUAGGCAACUCAUGUGAUCAUUAUUUUUUAUUUUGUAAUAUGUGUUUUAUACUCUACUGAAUGUUUUUGUAUAUGGAGACAAAUUAAUGUUCUUUAUCAUCCUUUUUAGUAAAAGUUUCAUUACGUGUGAUUUCAUUUUGUUAUAAGGAUUUUUAUAAAGCAGUGUGUAACAGUGAUGCUGAUUAUAGAGUGAGUUAAUGUAGAUAACAACAGACUGUAACCAAAAUAUACAGUAGUAAAUAAUCUGUCCUCCUGA